CACAAUUUACUCAAGCUCCUCCCCUUUAUCCUACUAACCCUGCCUUCUUCUCGCUCACCUUCCCCUCCCACUUCUCUCCCUCACUGCUAGAGCCAACCAUGUGUCUCAUUCAACUCCUGCUGCACAGGUUGUGAGGGAGGAAGAGAGUGAGCGCAGGAGAGGCAACAGGGAGGAAGUCAGCAACUGUGAGACAGGAAUAGAGGACACUUCAGAGAGUCUGUUCAGUUUGAUGUUUGAGAGGAGGCAGGAGGCAGGAUAAAGAAGACAGGUUUUCAGGAGUGGGACUAGUCAGUAGUGGGAGGUUCCUCCAGGGAGGCAAAGAGAGUGAUCUUUGACAGAGACCCCUCCGCUGGGAGUCAGACCACCAGGAUCCAGAAUCAUGGACCCCUCCGUGUCGACCGAGGUCGAGGAGGAGCCCAAGGAGAGGAAGAAGAUCCACUUUGCUAUGCCAUCGUCUGCACCCACUAACCUGGACCCUCGGCAAGUGGAGAUGAUCCGGCGCAGAAGGCCCACGCCUGCCACGUUGUUCAGAGUAGCCGACCAAACGUCUCCCGAGGACGAUCAGUCCACUCAUCAGGUAAAGUGGGUUGUAGGAGAGAACGGCGUGCUUAAACCAAAACGUGUCAAUCCAAACGUGUAUCAGCCUCCGUCACUCAGAGCCGUACAGAAGAUGGCUGAAGCACAGAUGCAGAAACUAGGGGUCUACCCUCCUUUGGAAGACCCUUGUGAAGGGGAGGAGGAUGAGGACCUGUUGGAGAGAGAGGAGAGAGAAGACACAUCUCCCACCAAAGCUGCUGGUGAGAGGGAGGGCUCUGUGUUGACAGUGCACGCGGUGGCAGACGGGACAACACUGAUGUGUUUACUCUUUAAAGGGAAGAAAAAAAAUACACAACCCUGGAACACUUUGAUACUGAUGUCAACAGAAACAUGGCACCGGGGCUUGGUGUCCUAGGUGGAGGGUUUAGAAUUUCUGUGUAGGAAUAGAUAAAUGUGUGACAUUAUGUACUCAUUUAUUUUUUAUUUAACCUUUUUUUAACCAGGGAAAUAAACCACAUUGAGAUUGAAUGAGUGUGUCCUGGACAAGACAGGCGGCAGCACAGUUACAAACAAAGUAGAACAAGGGUUACAGACAACCAGUCAGCAGCCAUUACAUACUAUACAAAGACAUAAAAUAAUCAUAGAAGCAAGAUCACAGUCAUAAUCAUAAAACCUAGAGCAUCUACAGACAGAGGUGUCUGCCUAUAAAAGUCACAUAUACAUCUAAUCCAGUCCAAUCCAACUUUAUUUGUAAAGCACAACCAAAGGGCUGUACAGAAGAAUAAAUAAAACACACAAUAAAUAAAAGGCAUAAUACAGAUACCACUUUGAUUUUAAAGGUCCAGUGUGUAAGAACAAGGCCUGACAUCUCAUGGCGAGACUGCAGGUUGUAACAAAAGGACGACCCGUCUGCUCAGUUCUUCCUUUUCCAAGUGCAUUAGUGAUCUACGGUGGCCUUUUUACACCAGAAAGGAUGUCAUUCUUCUUUAUUUGUAUAGUUACUUUCUGUUUCAAAGCACGAUAUAACUGAAAACUUGAUUUGACAGUGUUGCUGCGAUAAAAUGGAAAAAAUCCCUUACCUUAACCCGUACACUAACCUGAAUGUGUAUUUGUUUUGUAAGAAUAAUUGUGUUGUUUUUGAUAGAAAGUGGCCUAUUUCAACAGGUAGUUUAUGGAUCAAGUCGCCAAAGUACAUAUAAAAUUUAAAAGAUACACUUUUAUAUACAAACUGGAUCUUUAAAAAUUGGACAAACAAAUCGUCCCGUAAAAUAUUUUUUUUAAGAACAAGCAUAAUUAAAAUGCCUUAACAACUAUCAUUAAUCAGUGAUUACCUGCAGACAUCACUUCAUGUAUGUAAAUAUUCUAAAGGUGCAUUUUCAGUUUCAGACUAGAUUUCUUCCCUUCAAAAGAAGCCAUUGUUGCCUUUCAGCCUUGUACAAAGUGAAAAAAUACAUGAACUCAUAGUUGAUAUUUCGCUGAGCUCCCAUGUCAGUGCUUUUAAACACAUUAUAUUAUCGAAUGACUGCUGAAAUGUCACUUUGGGACAUGUUAAAGCUUUACAAAGUGUUCUACUUGGGCAGCAGCCACAUUUAAAGUCUGACAGCAUCUGUUUGUAUUUCAAAAAUGAUGGAAAAACUACUUGAAUAACACUUAACAGAGUGAGAACACUGUUUAUUGCCUGUGAAGUCGAGCUGUUGUUCUUGGAGGAAGAGUCUUGAGCCGUUUUCGGGGUAAUGUCGGCUCCUGUGAGACCUGCAGCAGCAGCAGCAGCAGCAGCAGUAUGACAGGUGAAGCUCUGUGCAUUAUAAGACAGCCGGCCAUGGCGUCACGUUAGUUUUCGACCCAAAUCUGUCAGUGGAGGGUGCUGCAGCUGACUCGGGGGCCUGGCACUAGUCAGAAAAGCCAGACAGGAUUAAUAAGCAGCAGCACACAGAGCUUUCUUUCUCUGUGUGUGUGUGUGUGUGUGUGUGUGUGUGUGCGUGUGUAGAAAGACAUGAGCCAUGAGUUUGAAUUCUUCAAUUGUUCAUGAUCGAGUGCAGAAAAUAAAGACUUUUCAGGUGAAUAUUUGUGCAAACUUGAUUCCCAACAAAACCAAAAUUAGAAUGUAGCGCAAAAAAAAUCCUCCUUUAUUAGGUUUUAUGCUCUUAAGUAAAUCAAUUUAGUUUCAAAUCUG